UGCCCGAGACAGACCGACCAACCUGCACGUUGUAGCCAGGCUCCCCAGAUGUUCCGCUCCACCCAAAUGAGUCUGCGCAAUGGCCGCUGAACCAAUAGCGCGUCCGCGCUGGCGCACCGGGAGAUAGCGGGAGACAAAAGAGAGGAGGAGGGAGGAGGAGAGGGAGGGAGGAGAGGAGAAGACGGGAUGAGGCGCGACCACACGGACUUUUUCCUCCGGUAAACAACCAGGACCCGGAGCCUGGCAAUCUUUUCUGAGUAGUGGGCGGGGGGCGGGGGGGGGAUUUUAGGGGCCACAGCCAUGGCGACGGGAGGAGGAGAAGGAGGAGUAAGGCGGAGGAGGAGAGCCGGGCUCCCGGGAGUCUGCUGGAAAACCUGCUACUUCCCCAUCCUGUUCUGGGUGGUGUCCGUCUGCGGGGAGGAGAAGACGCUGAUCGUGGAGACGUGGCUGAAGAACUACGGCUACCUGCUGCCUAACGACCUCCGCACCUCCGACCUGCGGCAGGAGAAGGCCAUGCAGUCGGCCGUGGCCGCCAUGCAGCGCUUCUACGGCAUACCGGUGACGGGGGUCCUGGACGAGACCACAAUAGAGUGGAUGAGGAGGCCUCGCUGUGGCGUCCCCGACCAUCCUCACAGCAGCCGGCGGCAGAGGAACAAACGCUACGCUCUGACGGGGCAGAAGUGGAGGGACAAAAAGAUUUCCUACAGCAUAUCGAACUUCACCCCCAAGGUGGGAGAGAAGGACACCCAGCGAGCCAUCCAGCAGGCCUUCAUGGUGUGGCAGGCGGUGACCCCGCUCUCCUUCCAGGAGGUGCCAUACUCGGAGAUCAAGAACGACGGCAAGGAGGCGGACAUCAUGAUCUUCUUUGCCUCUGGUUUCCACGGCGACAGCUCCCCCUUCGACGGGGAGGGGGGGUUCCUGGCGCACGCCUACUUCCCCGGCGCCGGCAUCGGAGGAGACACCCACUUUGACUCGGACGAGCCGUGGACGCUCGGCAACGCCAACCACGACGGUAACGAUCUGUUCCUGGUGGCGGUCCACGAGCUGGGCCACGCGCUGGGCUUGGAGCACUCCAACGAUCCGAGCGCCAUCAUGGCGCCUUUCUACCAGUACAUGGACACUCACAACUUCAAACUGCCUUUGGACGACCUGCAGGGCAUCCAGAAGAUCUACGGAAUACCCACGGCCAUGUUGGAGCCCACCCGCCCGCUGCCCACCUUACCUUCUCGGAGGACACACUCCACCUCGGAACGCAAGCACGACCGCCACGGCCGGCCGGCGCGCCCCCCCGCCGACCGCCCGGCGCUGCCCGGCAACGGCAAGCCCAACAUCUGUGACGGCAACUUCAGCACCGUGGCCUUCUUCAGGAGGGAGAUGUUCGUCUUCAAGGACCGGUGGUUCUGGCGCCUAAGGAACAACAAGGUGCAGGAGGGCUACCCCAUGCAGAUCGACCAGUUCUGGAAGGGCCUGCCGCCUCGCAUCGACGCCGCCUACGAGAGGUCGGACGGAAGAUUUGUCUUUUUCAAAGGCGACAAGUACUGGGUCUUCAAGGAGGUGACGGCGGAGCCGGGCUACCCCCUCGGCCUGGUGGAGCUGGGCAGCUGCCUGCCCAAGGACGGCAUCGACACCGCGCUGCGCUGGGAGCCCGUGGGCAAGACCUACUUCUUCAAAGGGGACCAGUACUGGCGCUACAACGAGGAGAAGCACACGGCGGACCUCGGGUACCCCAAACCGAUCAGCGUGUGGAAGGGAGUGCCGGACGCACCGCAGGGGGCCUUCAUCAGCAGGGAGGGAUACUACACCUACUUUUACAAGGGGAAGGAGUACUGGAAGUUCGACAACCAGAAGCUGACGGUGGAGCCUGGGUACCCCAAGUCCAUCCUGCGUGACUGGAUGGGCUGCGACCAGUCGGACAUGGAGCGCUCCGGCAGCAAGGCGAACCGCGGGGACCGCCAGCUGCCCAUCGACGACGUGGACAUCAUGGUGGCCAUCAACGACGCGCCGACCACGGUCAACGCCAUCGCCGUGGUGAUCCCCUGCGUCCUGUCACUGUGCAUCCUGGUCCUGGUCUACACCGUCUUUCAGUUCAAGAACAAAGGAGUGCAGCGGAGCGCCGUGACGCAGCACUACUACAAGUACCCCGUUCAGGAGUGGGUGUGACGGGCAACCCCUGAUUCCAAGAGGUCCAAGUCGGCAGGUCGGAGGUGUUGGGGG